AUGAAUGGAACACCAACUGUGGUGUUAAACACAUUCUUCAAUCACCAAAGACAGUUUCUAUGUCCAGCUGUGGAGGCCGUAUGGACUGCAGAGGAGGGUGAAGUCCUCAAUGCUGUCAAGGAACAGGACACCCCUCUGGUGGUUGGAGGUGACGGACGCUCGGACACUCCUGGUCAUUCUGCCAAGUACGGAUCAUACUCGUUGAUGAACCUUGACUCAAAGAAGAUUGUAUCUAUGGAGCUUGUCCAAAGCACAGAGGUCAAGUCUUCAGUCCAUAUGGAAAAAGAAGGACUGAUCCGCUGCAUCGACUUCUUGAAGGAGCGGGGAUUCACUCUGGACAAGAUCAUUACCGACCGCCAUGUCCAAAUACAGAAGUGGAUCCGAGAGAAUCUGCAUGACACUGCACACUUCUUUGAUGCCUGGCACCUAGCCAAAAAGGGCCAGGCCGACCUCAUCAUAGCAAAGUGGCUUUCACUCGACAACCACGUCCACAAUGUACACAGAGGCCACGGAGAAUUGUUUCCCAAGUGUGGUCAUGGUAGACUGGGAAGGACGAAACAGAGGAGGAACAAGUGGCUGACUGCAGGGACAAAGGUUUCCACACAGCUCACAAAGAUAAUAACUGCAAAAAGGUUUGUGAAGGACGUUGGCAAGAUAUCGUGUGGUCAGCAGACAUCAGGUCUCGAGGCAUUCUACAGCGUAAUCAACCAUUUUGCACCGAAGCAGUUUCAUUUCAGUCAUGAGGGCAUGGAAAGUAGGUAA